ACAACUCUCGCGAUCGAAAGGUUCUUUGCGGUAGCAUAUUUCUAGAACUUGAUGGUGGUAGCUCUUGUUCUGCCGUUUGGGAAUCGGAUAAACAGUACAAAAAACUUCGCUUCGACGCCAGAUUCCGCGAGACGGUGACAAUCUCGAGUGCGAGUGGUUCUUUUUUUAAGUGGACUAGAAACGUUCAGUUUCGAUUAUUGCGAACACGAUUUUCGUAAUAGACAAUUGAUAGGACGGGGCUUGGAGGGUGAAGAGAAUGCAUCAGUUAAGUGUUUGUUUAUAAAAAAAAACAAGAUUUCCCGUAAAGUGUCACAUGUUGGGCCGGGCACUAUUUGGGUUGAAGAGCGGAUUUUUGUGUUAAGUGCCUUCCUCUAAUUUAUGAUAAACAUUUGGAGGAGCCGUUAGGAUACAACGAGCCGCCCCGUGCACGGAAAAUAAAUGUUUGUGGAACGAAGCUGAAAAGACCUGUUGUUGUAAAAAUAAAUUCUAAAAAAAUGAAGCUGUUGGUGUUAGUGUUGGCAUUUGUGGCGACAGUUGGGGGCAUUUCGUACUGCCCCAACAGCUGUACGUGUGACGACGAAAAGUUGCACGUCACCUGCGGCGAGGGCGAACUGGACGUACUGCCGAUUGCGUUGAAUCCGUCGAUUCGCCGGUUGGUUAUCAAAUUCCACCGAAUCCGGUCGAUCGAUUCGUCGAUUCAGUUCUACACCGAGCUCACGAUGUUGGAUUUGAGCUACAAUCAUCUGCUGAGCAUUCCGCAGGAGAUUUUCAUGUAUCAGAAGAAGUUGCUGCAGUUACAUUUGAAUAACAAUAAGAUUGGAAUUUUGAGCAAUAAAACGUUCGCCGGACUGACCGAGCUGCGAGUUUUGAAUCUGCGGGGAAACUUCAUCGAUAAGGUCACUAGCGAGAUGUUCGGUACGUUACCGAAGCUGGAGGAAUUGAACUUAGGUGGCAAUCGGAUUGCCGAGCUGGAUGCGAAAGCCUUUCAAGGAUUGACAGAGCUACGAGUACUGUAUCUGGAUGAUAAUGCCAUCAAGACGAUUCCAACGUUGUCUUUGACACCUCUUAAAACACUCGCCGAAUUAUACAUGGGCACUAAUUCACUUUACAAUAUUCAACCUGGUGCAUUCGAGGGACUGCAAUCACUACGUCGGUUGGACAUCCACGGUUCAAUGUUGGUGAACAUCACCUCUGAUACAUUCCGUGGUUUGGAUAACAUCCGCGUGCUGGAUUUGUCGGACAAUCAUCUACUGAAAGUUCCAACCGUACCGCUGAGCAUUCUUAAGCGAUUGGAAGAACUUACCAUCGGCCAGAACGACUUCGAAUCAAUUGCCGAGGGUGCUUUCUUCGGAUUGAGCAACCUCAAAAGUGUCGACAUUUCCGGGGCUUUGAACCUGAAACGCAUCCAAUCGGGAGCAUUUUCCUCGAAUCCAAAUCUGGAAAAGAUAACCAUCGCCUCGAACAAGGAACUGCAAGAUAUCGACGACGGAUCAUUCUCCGGACUACCACAUAUCAAAAAAGUAAUUCUGCGGGACAACAAAAUAACCACGUUCAGAGAAGAGUUACUUCCUUGGAAACAUCUGAGCGACUUUGAUCUGUCGGAGAAUCCAUUGACGUGCGAUUGCCAGGUGCUAUGGCUGCGGAAUCUCUUGCACAGAAAAAACAUCGAAACCGAAGAAGCCCAGAUUGUGUGCGUUUAUCCCGACCGGCUACAUGGGGAGCCACUUCGCGAGAUAUCGCCGGAAAUCUUGGGCUGCCAGCAUCUACAGUCCAAGGAGCGGGCAAUUUUUGGGGCUAUAAUAGUUGCUUCCGCUGCAACCGUCACCACGUUUGUGCUGAUUGUAUACCGGCUACGGCACCGCAUGCUCGAUACCUUCCGGCGCCAUUGGCGUACCACAAAGCGGGACACUCUGCAGGAGGAGAAAGACAUGGAAAUCCAAAAGUCACUGGGUGGCGAAGCGGAAUAUCACCAGCCGCACUGCAAUAUCUAUACCUAUAAUUACCACCCGGUGUUCAGGAAUCUCCACCACCAGCAGCAACAUCCGGCGUCGAUGUAUGCCACUGCCCAGUACACGCUGCCUUUCCCUCACUACCAGCCGCAUGGAAGUUCCCAUCAGCUACAGCAGCAGCCUCUACCGCAGACACCUGGAGCGGUGUCCACUCUGGGGCAUCCCUCCAGUGGCAGCAGCUCGCUGGGUGCUGUUCAGUCGCAAAAAUCCACCAUCUACUCACCGCAGUACGCCCAUCACAUAUAUGAAGUACCGAAGAAUGUUGCGGACACCUAGACAGGUUAGAGUGUUGUACGGUUAUCGUCAACCAUCAUUGUUCAUAGGAUCAUCUUCAUUUUUUAAGUCCACUCACAUGCGCACAUCCUUAAUUGUUAUCAAAGUGUAGGCUAAGCAAGAUGUAUAAAUUAUUAAAACAAAAGUUGAUAAUAUAUAUAUAUAUAUUACACGAUCAGGCUAGACCGACAGUAGGAGAGAUUGAAAGGGCUCAAACAUUUAAACAAGGAGCAAAUAAAGUCAUAUCGAGAUUUUUUUGCUACUAUUUCGUGUCAUGUUUACUUAAGCAAGAAAUUGUAUCAUAUAAUUCUAGUCAAUUUGAAAAGAUCUAAACGGAGAUAUAUCAAAGACUGUCCUUUCAGGCCUAUCAGGACAACCCGAGAGGCACUUCUGGUGUGAAAAAGUAAAAACAAAAAACACUUUAUCUCACUAUCGUUAAGAAGAGUUUGUGGCAGGUAUUAGGUUUUAUGUUCAAAUCAAGCAAUCAACAGACCCAUUUCGGUACCCUUGCGGUUAACUGAGCAGACGGUGGAAAUCGUUCGAAAAUUUCCAUCCCACGUUGUGUAAAUAUUUUUCCCACUGUACAUAGGCAUUAGCAAGGAGAACACAAUCAGUGUUGCAGCAGAAAUCCAACUAAUAAAAAGUAACGUAAAACUCUUACACACUCACACACAUACACAGAACACAAAAGUGAAAGCUAGUUAUGUAUUUUUAUUAAACUUUUUUAUAAGAAACCUCCAGAAAAAAAAUCACUCAGAAUGUGGUAAAUAGCUACCGUAAGAUUCAACGAAAAUAAAAAUGACAUUGAGAUACUGAACAAGGAACUGUUGUUACAGGAGAAAAUAAUAAUUAA